AUAUGUACUGGCACAUUGCAAGUGGUACAGUCAAUUAUAAGGCAUUAUAGUGAUAUUGCAAUCCAAGUUCAUUGAUACACACACAGAUAAAUAUACUAAAUUAAGACCAGUUCCGAUCAGAAGUCACAAGAAGCACUAGCAGCUCAUGCAGAAUUGUGCUAGCAAUCAAAGCAUGAUGGUAUAAAAGUGAAGCAACACUACAAAAGAUAGUUUGAAUUUAGCUCAGCAUAUAUCAUUGAUGCAAUUUCACCUUCUACCAAAUUGAUUGGGUAUGCAAUAUGGAAACUGAAACCAAUUUGCCAGAAGAUGCAUCUGCCACGUAAUUAGUCAUGUUUUUGAGCACCAAUCUGAAACACAAAGCAUGGAGAAAGAGAUUAUAAAGCAUACCAACUCAGAGGAAACAAUGACAAUGGAAAGAAGCACAAAAUUGAGUUAUGAUAUGGAAGAACUGGAAAAGAUUCCGGAGUCACACUCUGAUGAGAAUUCAAACAUCAAGGAUGGUGGCAAUAUCAUGCCAGAGGAAGCAAAAUAUAUCAAAGAGGCUACAGAUAAGGAGUUACAAAAACCUGAAAUUGAAAGCGUGCAUGAUGAUAAAGCCACAUCAACUGUACCCACUAUAGCAUUGGUCCAAGUCGAGACAGUUGCGAAAAGCAUUCACGAAGAAAUACAUGAAGGAAUUGGAUCAGCUGUGAAAGAUACCAACGAGAAACAGGGACCAGACAAUGAUUAUGAGGAGAAUACCAAAGUACUCCAGGCAUUGGAUUCACAUGAAGCAACAGUGAACACUUGUGUGGAAAAUGAAAAGAAAGAUGAACCCCAUUAUCAUGUGCAGAAACAGGAGACCGCAGAUUUCAAUCUGAAUUUAGGAUUGGACACUGCAAAAAUAAACCCAAGUAAUGAUACUGGAGAACUUGAAAAGGCUCUAGCGUCACACACCCCAGAGAAAUUAGAAAUCAUGGAUGGUGGGAAAAUCAAUGAGGAAGCAGAAACUGAAAUACAGAUGCCAAAUACUGCAAUAGAGAGUGUGCCUAAGGAUGAAGCAUUGUCAAUAUUACCCGAAUCGGUAGAGCUUGACCAGGGUGAGAUAGCUGAAAAAAGCUUCGAAAAAGAAAAGGAAGAAGAAUCAACAGCAACUGAUAAUGGUCAGAGUUGCAGACCAGGAAAAGAGCUCGAACAAAUAUAUAAAGCUCUUGAGGAAAUUGAUCAUCUACCCCAAAUUGUGGCCAAAGAUGCUGCAGAAAAUGAACAUACUUACCAGUCUGAAACACCUGGCAAUGAGAAUAUUUCAACAAAGCAUUCAGAAGGAAAGUUGACAAUGGAAAGCAGUACAAAAUCAAGUUAUGAUGUGGAAGAACUGGCAAAGAUUUCAGAGUCACAUUCUGUUGAUAAUUCAGAAACUAAAUGUGAUGGAAAAUUAAUGGCAGAGAAAGAGAUAGGCAUCAAAGAAGCCACUGAAGUGAAGUUACAAAAAUCUGAAACAGCAAGUGUGCCUGCGGAUAAAGCCCUAUCAACAUUGCACCCUACAGUAUCUGUUGGAGUUCAAACAGUCGAGGAAAGCAUUCAAGUAGAAAUACAUAACAAAGUAGAACAAUCAGUCACAACCACCAAAGAGGAACAGAGAUCAGACAAUGAUUUUGAGGAGAAAAAGAAUGUCCUCGAGGCAUGUGAUCUACAUGAAGCAACAAGCGACACCUGUGUGGAAAAUGAAAAGAAAGAAGAAAUUGAAACUGAGGAGCUGAAGCUGGAGACCAUAGUUGUAAAACCUCUGGAUUUAGAAGGUGAGACUAUAGAAGUAAAUAUGAGUAACGAUUCAGAAGGACAUGAAAAGGUUCCAGAGUCACCGCCCAGUGAGGAAUUAGAGAUCAAGGAAGGUAGGAUAUGGAUACAAGAGGAAGCAAAAGAUAUUGAAGAAGCAAUUGAGGAUGAAGCACUGUCAACAUUGCCCACAUCAGCCAAUGUCCAAGGUGAGGCGACUGAGGAAAUCUUUCAGAAACAAAAUCUUAUGGACGAGGAUCCAGCAGCGAUGGAUAAGUGCAAUAGCAGCCAGCCAGAAUAUGAACUUGAGCAAAUAACUAAUGUCUUUGAGGCAUGUGAUCUACAUGAAGCAAAAAGAGACGCCUGUGUUGAGAAUGGAAAGAUAGAUGGAAUUAUAACUGAGCUACAGAACCAGGAAACCAUAGUUGUAAAGCAUCUGGAUUUAGAAGGUGAGGCUAUAGAAGUAAACAUGAGUAAUGAGACGGAAGGACAUGAAAAGGUUCCAGUGUCACCGACCAAAGAGGAAUUAGAUAUCAAGGAAGGCAGGAAAUGUAUACAAGAGGAAGCAAAAGAUAUUGAAGAAGCAAUUGAGGAUGAAGCAUCGUUAACAUUGCCCACAUCGGCCAUUGCCAAAGGUGACGCAAUUGACGAAAUCUUUCAGAAACAAAGUAUUAAGGAAGAGGAAUCAGCAGCGAUGGAUAAGGGCAAUAGCAGCCAACCAGAAUAUGAACUUGAGCAAACAACUAAUGUCGUUGAGGUAAAUGAUCAAUCUGAAACCAUGGCUUAUGUUGGUGUACACAAUGAGCAAAACUCCGUCCAGAAAUCAGACGCACCAACCAGGGAGAUUGUAAUUACAGAGGAUAUCAAUGCAGGAGGAAUGGCGACAAUAGAAAGCAGUAAGGAAUCAACUUAUGUUGUGGAUGAACAGGAGAUAAUUCCGGAGUCACACUCAGUCAAUAAUUCAGAGAUCGAGGAUGGAAGUAAAAUGACAGCAGAUGAAGCAACAGAUAUCCAUCAAGCCACUGAUAUGGAGAUAAAAAAGUCUAUAAUUGAAAGUGCCCUGUCAAGAUUACACACGUCACCAUCAGUCGAAGUUGAUAGAGAUGAAGAAAGCAUUCAAGAAGAAAUGAAAAUGAAAGAGGAAAUACUUGAGGAUGAUGCCCAAUCAAAGUUGCUCAUGUUAGAAAUUGAAAAGGGUGAGAUGGUGAAAGGAAUCGUACAGCAACAAACACUUCUGGAAGAGGAACCAGAGGCAAUAGAUACCGACAAGAGCUGCAGGCCAGAAAAAGAACUUGAGAAAUUGGCCAAUGUUGCCGAGGCAGUUGAUCAACCAAAGACCAUUGCCAAGGUCAGUGCAGAAAAUGGAGAACAGGAAGAUCACCAAUCAAUAGCAUCAAGCAUUGAGAUUGCAAUUAUAAAUAUAAAGCUUAUCAAUGAAGAAGGAAAGGUGACAUCUGCAAGCAGUUCAAAAUCAAGUUAUGAUACCAACAAACUGGAGAAGAUUCCACAGUCACCCUCAGUAGCAGAUUCAUUCAUGAAGGAUGACAGUAAAAUAAUGUCGGAAGAACAAACAGAUAUCAAAGAAUCCCCUGAUGUGGAAUUAGAAAAAGCUGAAACAGAAAGUGUGCCUGAAGAUAAAGCCCUGACAAGUUUACACAACACAGCAUCUGUCACAGCUGAAACAGUCGAGGAAAGCAUUAAAGAAGAAUUAUACGUGGAAGCACAACCAGCAGUGAUAGAUACCAAAGAGGGGCAAAUAGCACAAAAUAAUUUGGAGGAAAAGAAAAUUCCCAAGGAAUUUUGUCUAGACGAUAUCACAUGCUACACCAGUGUAACAAAUGAAGCCCACUCAGAAUUUCCCAAGUUAGCAAUUGUUAAAGGUGAGACUGAGGAAAUCUUACCACAACACAUGCUUGAAGAAGAAGAAUCAGCAGUAGGACAUAACAACAAAAGCAACAGUCCAGAAAAUGAACUUGACGAAAGGGCCAAUAUGGUUGAGGAAAUUGAUCAACCUGAAACGAUUGCAAAGGCCUGUGAAGAAAAUGAAAAUGCUGACCAUCAAAUAAAAGCAUCAAACAUGGAGAGUGUGAUUACAAACGAAAUCAGUGCAGAAGGAAACAAGACUCCCGAGAGCAGUAGAAAAUCAAGAAAUGAUGUGGAUGAAAAGGAUCAAUGUAUAACCACUCAAGAGGAAGAAGAAAAUAUUACAAGAUCCGCUGAUAGGGAAUUCAAAACAGAGAGUGUACUUGAAGAUAUAUCUCAGCCAACUUUACCCAAUACAGUAUUUUAUGGUGUUGAAGCAGUUGAGACAUGUAUUCCACAAGAACUACAUAAGGCAGAAUAUGAAGUCAGAGAUAUCAAAGAGGAGCAGAGACAAGAAAGAGAUUUUGAAGAUGAAAAGCAAGUUCCUGAGGUAUUUGGUCUGCACAAAGUGACAAACCAAGCAAGUGCAGAAAAUGAACAACAAGCUGAACCUUGGUGUAAAGCACAGAACCAGGAUGCCACAUUCACAACGCACCGAAAUUUGGAAGGACAGACUACAAAUAUAAUAAACCCAUCUAGUGAUGCUGAUGAACAAGAAAAUGUUCCAAUAUCACAGACAGCAGAGACACUAGAGACUGAGGAGGAUGGGAAAUUCAAACAAGAGGAAGCAAAUGAGAAGGAAGAAGCAACAGAACUGCAGUUACUGGAACCUGCAGCAGAAAGUGUGCCUGAAGAUAAAGCCCUGGAAACCGUACCCAGCACAGAAUUUGUUGCUGAUAAAGAAGAUGAGGGAAGCAUUGAAGAAAAAAUACAAGAAGAGGAAUUAGCAGUAAUAAAUACCACAGAGAGGAUGAUACCAGAAAUUGAUUUGGAGGUGAAAAAGAAUGUUCCUAAGGCAUUUGAUCUACACAAAGUGACACGUCAAACCAGUGAGGAAAAUGAAUUGAAAGCUGAAUACCAAUCUGAAGCAAAGAACCAGGAGACCACAUUUAUACAACAUUUGAAUAUGGACGCAAAGACUACACAUAUAAUAAAUCCAAUCAAUGAUACAGAAGAACAAGAAAUGGUUCCAGAAUCACACAGUGGAGAGAAAUUAGAGCUUGAAGAUGUUGGGGAAUUGAAAAAAGAGGAAGCAAAAGAGAUGGAAGAAGCAACUGUAAUGCAGAUUCUGAAAACUGCAUCAGAAAGUGUCCCUGAAGAUAAAGCCAAGCAAACUUUACCCAGCAGAGCAUCUAUCGGCCUUGAAGAAGUUGAGACAAGCAUUCAAGAAGAGAUGCAUGCGGAAGCGGAACUAGCAGUGACAGAUACAGAAGAUCAUCAGAUACCAGAAAAUAAUUUUGAGGAGAAAAAGAAAGAAUCUGAGUAUUUAUUAAAACAGGCAUUUGGUCUGCACGACGUGACACAUCAAACCAGUGAUGAAAAUGAACAGAAAGAUGAACCCCAGUUUGAAGCACUGAACCGGGAGAACACUUCUAUACAGCACCUGAAAUCCGAAGGAAAGACUAAAAAUGUAAUAAAUCCAACUAGUGAUUGUGAAGAACUAGACAAUGUUCAAGUAUCACAAAUUGGUGAGAUAUUAGAGAUCCAAGAUGAUGGGAAUCUCAUACAAAGGGAAGAAAAGGAGAUGGAGGAAGCCAUUGAAAUGCAGUCACCGAAUUCUGCAUCAAAAAUGCCUGAAGACAAUGCCAAUACAACAUCUGCUGGUAUUAGAGCAGCUGAAGAAAGCAUCCAAGAAGAAAAUUAUACGGAAGAGGAAUUAGCAGUGACAAAUACAAAAGUGGGGCAGAAACCAGAAAUUGAUUUCAAGGAGGAAAAGAAAGUUCCUGAGGCAUUUGAUGAACUUAAACUGGAACCUCAAUCACUAGCUCACAAUGAGAUGACCACAUUUAUAAAGCAUCCGCAUAUGGAAGGAAAGACUACAGAUACAAUAAACCCAACUAAUGAUAAUGAAGAACAUGAAAAUGUCUCAGAAUCACAUACUGGUGGGAAAUUAGAGAUCAAGGAUGAUGGGAAAUCCAUACAAGAGGAAGCAAAAGUUACAGAAGUAGCAAAUGGAAUGCAAUUAUUGAUAACUCCAUCAGAAAGUGUACCUGAAGAUAAAGCCCAGGAAACUUUACCGAGCACGACAUCUGUAGGUGUUGAAGCAGUUGCGACAAGUAUUCAAGAAGUACCAGCGGAAGCAGAGUUAUCAAUGGCAAAUACCAAACAGGGGCAUAUACCAGAAUUGGAUUUUGAGAGAAAGAAACUUCCUGAGGCAUUGGGUCUACACGAAGUGACACUUCAAGACAGUGUGGAAAAUGAACUGAAUGCUGAAUACCAUUCUGAAGAGCGGAAUCAGGCUAUCACAUUUAUAACGCAUACCAAUUUGGAAGGGCAGACUACAAAAAUAAACCCAACUAAUGAUACUGGAGAUCAAGAGCAGGUUUCAGCAUCACAAAGCAGAGAGAAAUUGGACAUUGAGGAUGAGGGGAAAUUCAUCCAAGAGGAAGCAAAAGAGAUGGAAAAAGCAACUGAAAUGCAGUCAGCGAAAACUGAAACACAGAGUGUCCCUGAAGAUAACCCUCAGUCAAGUUUACCCAACACACCAUCUGUUGAUGUUGAUGUUGAUGUAGAUGAGACAAGCAUUCAACAAGAAACACAUAUGGAAGUGGAAUUAGCAGUGUCCAAUUCCAAAGAGGGGCAGAUACCCAAAAAUGAUUUCAAUGAGGAGAACAAUGUUCCCGAGGCAUUUGGUUUACACGAAGUGAUACCCCAAACCAAUGUGGAAAAUGAACUGAAAGAAGAACACCAAUCUGAAGAACAGAACCAGGAGACCACAUUUAUAAAGUAUCCAAAUUUGGAAGAAGAUACACUAGAUAAAAUAAAACCCACUAAUGAUAUUGAAGAACAAGAAAGGUUCACAGUAUCACACGUUGGAGAGAAAUUAGAGUCUGUUAAAGACGGGAAAUUCUUACAGGGGGAAGCAGAAGUGAUAGAAGAAGCAACAGAAAUGAAGUUGCUGAAAACUGCAAGAGAAAGUUUACCUGAGGAUGAAGCCAAGUCAACAAUGCCUAAGUUUGCCUUUGUCAAAGGUGAGAAUGAGGAAAUCAUACAGCAACAAACACUUCAGGGAGACAAAUCAGCAGUAAUAGAAUGUGACAAGGGCUGCAGCCAAGAAAAUGAACUUGGUAAAACAGCCGAUGUUGCUGAGACAUUUCAUCUACAGGAAGUGACACACCAAACCAGCACAGAAAAUGAACACAAUGCUGAACCCCUAUCUGAAGUGCAGAACCAUGAGAUCUCAGUCAUAGAGCAUCCUAAUUUGGAAGGAGAGACCACAGAAAUAAACCAAACUAAUGAUAUUGAAGAGGAUGGAAAGAUUCCAGUGUCACCUACCAGACAGAAAUUAGAGAUCAUAGAUGAUGGGAAAUUCAUACCAGAGGAACCAACCAAAAUGCAGUUAUUGGAAACUGCAACGGAAACUGUACCUGAGGAUGAAAACCAGUCAACAUUGCCCAAAUCAUCAAUUGUCCACGUUGAGAAGGUUGAAGAAUUCUUUCUGGAAGAGGAAUCAGCAGCAAUACCUAACAACAAUAGCUGCCAACCAGAAAAUGAACUUGAGCAAACAGUUAAUGCUGCUGAGGAAAUAGAUCAGCUGGAAACAACAUCCAAGAUCAGUACAGAAAAUGAAGAACAUGCUGAGCACCAAUCUGAACAAUUUAGCAUGAAGAAUGUGAUUGCAGAGCACAUUAAUUCAGAAGGAAUAGGGACAAAAUUAAGUUAUGAUGUUGAAGAAAUUCUAAAGGUUCCCGAAUCAGACACUGUCGACAAGUCUGAGAUCAAGGAUACUGAAAAAAUCAUGCAAGAGGAAGAAACUGAUAUCAGAGAAGCCACUGUGAAGUUGCAAAAGCCUGCAAUAGAAAGUGUUCCUGAGGACAACGCCAUCUCACCUCUGUCCACUAAACCAUCUGGUGGAGUUGAGGCAGUUAAGGAAUGCAUUCAAGAAGAAAACAAAAAGGAUGAUGACUCAGCAUUUAUUCACAUUGAAGAGGGGCAGAGAUCAAGCAAUGAUUAUGUGGAGUGCACCAAAUUUCUUGAGGCAUUUGAUCUGCAAAAGAAAGCUGAACCCCACUCCAAUGCGCAAAUAAUGGACACCACAGUCAUAAAGCAUUCCAACACAGGAGGGUUAGAAACUGCAGAAACAAGCCCAAUCCUUGAUAUUGAAGAACUUGACAAGAUUUCAGUGUCACACACAACAGAGAAAUUAGAGAUCAAGCAAGAGGAAGCAAAAGAGAAAGAAGAAGUAACUGAAAUACAGUCAGUGAAAACUGCAACAGAAAGUGUACAUGACGAUGAAGCCCAGUCAAUAUUGCCUACAUCAGAAACUGUGAAAGGUGAGAUGGUUGAGCAAAGCAUUCAGGAACAGACAUUUAAGGAGAAAGAAUCAGCAGCGAUAGAUAGCGACAAGAGCAGCAGGGCAGAAAAUGAGCGUCAGCAAACAACUAUAGUUUUUGAGCAGGCAAUUGUACAACCUGAAACCACAUAUAAGGUCAGUGCAGAAAAGGAUGAAAAUGCUGACCACAAUUCUGAAGCUCCAAGGAUGAAAAAUAAGACUACAGAGCAAAUUAAUUCCGACAGAACGGUGACAACAGAAAGCCGUAGAAAAGCAAGUUAUGAUGAGGAUGAAUGGGAGAAGAUUUCAGAGUCAUACUUGGUCAACAACUCAGAGAUCAAGGAUGCGGGUGAAGUAAUUCCUAAGGAAGAAAUGAAUAUCAAAGCCACUGCUUUGGAGUUACAAAACUCUGAAAUAGAAAGUAUGCCUGAGGAUAAAGUCUUCUCGAUUUUAUCCACUAUAGCACCUUUCAGAGAUGAUACAUUUCAGAAAAGCUUUCCAGAAGAAAUACAUAAGGAAGCUGAAUUUGCAGUUACAGAUGCCAAAGAGGGUCAGAGACCAGAAAAUGAGCUUGUAGAGGACAAAAAAGAUCUUGAGGCAUCUGAUCUACAAGAAGUGACAGGCUACACCUGGGUGGAAGGUGAAAAGAAAGCUGAAGCACAGAGCUUGGAGGCCAUGGUUUUAAAUGAUUUGAAUUUAGAAGGAAAGGAGACUGCCGGAACAUGCACAACUAAUGAUACAAAAGCACUUGAAAAGGAACCAACGGUUGUAAUACCUGAAGGUGUCUCUGAAUUGCUAUCGGUAUAUAUCACAAAGGAGUGUUCAAAUGAAGAUAUUCCUCAGCUGAAAGAUAUGUCAAUGCUUUCUGACCAAAACACCACCAAUGUCACCUCUGCUCGUAGGUGUAAUGCAACCAGCAAAGAAAAGAACAGUGAGGAGACAGAAGGACAAGAGAAUUCAGAAACAACUUUUAAAGACAAUCUAACAGGAGAUUUGAGUCAUGAACAAGAGACUACUGAUGACACUCCAACUGAAAAGAUUGUCAGAGCAGCUGAUACAAAUAAGGAUCCUAAAUUAGCUCCUGAAUCUAUUGCUGAAGACCAAGUGACAAAAAUAACUGUUAUGACACAAUGUUCAAAGUGGAUGUAACUUCUACAGAUGAUGAAAAAGGUGAGAAAGUCAGAAAUAACCUCGAAAGUAAUAUAACCUCGAAAGUGGCUGAGAAAUUGGAUGCAGAUGGUCAAAGUGGCAUGCAUGAAUCUACUAAGAAGGAAAGAAGGGAACUUCUA